AUUAGGAUUGCAGCGUCACUGUGUUCAGGCUCCUCAGCUCCUGCUGCAUUGUGUGUUGUUGUCAAAAUACGGCAUGGUCGACAUUGAUGAGUAUUGCCGUGCUGCGUCCGAGGCGGCUGUUGUAGAGAAGACUGGAGCAUCACCAAUUUCACCAUCACCCAAAGAGCCGCUUUUAGCCAUGGAAGACAGAUUGGAAUUUCUAACCCCACGACCUGGAGGAGGAUGUGCAAUGGGCUGCUCAAGCCUUACUGGUCGCUGCUGGUCAGGCAGCGUUUGGCUCUAUGAUGAUCCGCUGCAGGCUCCUGACAUAGCCAUGUCUCAAGCAUCUCACCAGCUGCAUGCUGGUGUGCCAUGUGCUGUGUGGAUCUCACGAGACAUCUUAGUUGUGGGUGAGGAUGGUGGGCAUGUGGAGUGGCUCUCCACUGCAGAAGAUCCUUCAAAAUUCACCUCCCUUGACUCCAUCAGCAUCCACACUUCUUACGUAUCAUGCCUGGCUGUCAACAGUGAUAGCACACAAUUGAUCACAGCUGGAGGUGAUGGAAUGAUCAGUGUGUUGGACUGCAAUAGGCAAAGCAAGCAAGUGUUCUGUCCAGCCCACGCCUCGGAAUGCUGUAGUGUUGCCUAUCACACUUCGGAUCCUCGCGUCUUUGCUUCAACUGGCCUUGAUGGCAACGUUUUAAUAUGGGACACAAGACAAGAAAAACCUGCAUCAGGAGUUCACCGCAACAGCUCGUGUCCCGAUACAGCUGUGUUGUGGCAUCCAACGUCUUCGGGGUCUGGCAUUGGCUCCCUGCUGAUUGGCAGCAUUGGUGGCAGCGUGCGGCUGCACUGCACUGAGUCUCGAGAGACACUAGUUUCCACUGAAGCGUUGAGUCGAAGGGUCGCCAAAUUUAUUCCUUUUGAGAGUAGCUCAUCAUCCCCGGUUGCGGUUGUGGGCCAACAGGAGACCGUCGUUGUGUUGGAUGUCGCGCCAAACAACAUCAGCACGCUGUACACAAACUCAAGCCAACACUCGGACAUCGUGAGCGACGUUUUGUGGCUGAGCAGCAAGUCUCUGCUCUCGUGUGGCUGGGACAAGAGCGUGAGGCAACAUUCUUUACCAUCCUAGUCGUAUUAUCUUAAUUACUAGUUAUAUAUGUCCAUUUACACCACGUGUGAUGUCAAUUCAUAGCUAAUUGUAUCAGUUCUGUACGUGUAAGCUGAUUAAUGUGGCCGAUAUCAAGCAGAAACGUCUCAUUUACAACUUUUUUCUUUACGGCGUUGUUACUAAGAUUCUUUUCUCCAAUCAAUCAUCCUACCAUUCUCGUCUGUGUUUGUAGAGUUUGUCAACCAUCAUGCAUCAAAGCUACCAUGCGCCACGUAUCUUCACCUGAAACAUUACUUACAUUUUCAUUUUUCUCACUGAAAAAUUUGAUUGCAUUAUUUGCUGACAUUCGCCAGAUCUUCCAUCUCUUGGCUACUUGGUCCCUGAAAACUAUUAUCCCAUCGCAAGUGAAAAGUUGACUUCGCUAGUUGAGUUUUGUUUGGUUCUUCAGCCAUGGAACAUUUUUUCCACGUAAUCACAAAUCACCAUUUAUGUCUAUUAUUUGAAACUGUAACCGGUCAGGUCUCGCGUGACUAAGGGUUGUGUAAACAAAAUUGAACAUGGAAUGAAUAGAAUGUGGAAUGUUCUUCUUUUCAAAUAAAGAUUUGAAUUUUGCGUCACCACCAUAAAUGUUGCAGAAAAUUCAAAGUGCAUUAAGUUUGAAAACAAAACAUGAAUUUACGUACAUUUAUGACUGAAUCGAGUUGAACUUGAUCUGACUAGCUUGUUGAACUAGAAAGAGUCUGUUAAUUUUUUUGACUUGUAAUAGCCUUGGCACGUAAAAUCACCACAACUUCAUAAGUUGUGGCGAUUUUAUCACCACAACUUAUCCUCAUUCGGCUUCUUUUAAAAUGCUACCUCAAUCGCGUUGAGUUACUCGUACUAUCAGAGUUGAUUGCCUGUAGAUUUAAAAAAAAUUGUAGACGUCUGAUGAAAUUCAAAUUUCAUUUGAUGGUGUAUGGGACUUUGCAUUGCACCACCGACUGUCAUUGACUGCUGACGUUGUUGUCUCAUCGUUUAGUUAAACUAGCUUAACCCCGUUACUGUCCCUCGUGCAUUGAAGAAGCGACUAAAUACCAUAUUUUACUUCCUUUCCUUUUCAAAUCGAAUCUCUUUUGACAAUAAUUUGAAUUUUGAUGUUGCCUUGUUGAGCGGUGAGCUCAGUACAAGGUCUUCACUCCAUGAAAUGGAUUCCAAUGUAUUGAAAAUAAGAUAGAUGAGAAAUG